GGGAGGGUGGUGGAGCGCCUUGCUUUCGAAAGGAUGGUGAUUGUGGAGCGUAGCCAGAGUAGAGUUAGGCGUAUAUAAGGCCCGCCGGCCCGGCCCAAGUCAGUCAAUCACCGGACUACCAGCCCACCAUACACACACCAAACAUGAAGGCCUUUGUUGUGUUCGCCUGUCUGGCAGUGGCGACGGCGCGUGCCGGAAUCGCGCACGGACCUGGCUAUGCCCUGGCCGGAGGUCAUGGCGGUUACGGAGGCGGCGUCGGCCUCGCGGGAGUCGGCCUGGUCGGCGGAGGUGCUAGUCUCUCUGGUGGUCUGGCAGCUGGUGCUGGCAGCGCGAGAUCUCUCCAAGAGGGUGCCUCCAGCUUGGGAUCCUCCGCUCUUGGUGCCAGCUACGCCGCUGGAUCCGCGGCGGCUGCUGGAGCUGCUGGUGUUCAACAGAUUGUCUCUGGUGGAGUGAUCGGUGGCAGGGCUGACAUUGGACCUGCCGAGUUUACAGGUGCCAUCGCUGUUGUGGGUGGUGGUGCCGCCGGAUACGGCGCUGGCCUUGGCGGACACGACGGUGGUGUUGCUGUGAUCAACGGACCGUCUGGCGCCAUCCACGCUGGACUCGGCUCUCACGGAGCUAUCAUCCCCGGGGCGCUCGGCAAGUACUAGACGUUCUAAGGCCCCAGCGAACUCGGCUCUGCGACGGCGGCAAUCCCUCCACAGUCACUUACCGGUCUCAAACGAUCCUCAAACGCGCUCAACGUCUUCUUCCCAAAGCUUCGUCCAACCUAGGAACAUGGUUAUAGCGCCGGCGUUAGUGGUGUAGUCGGUAUAUAGUCGGAAUAUUCUAAUCACAAGUAAUCCAGUCGGUAUAUAUCGAGACAAGGUGUGAAGGCGCGUGUUGAAUGCCGAGCAAAUGGCUGCUCUUCCCACGACCUGCCAUCUACG